GGUGUCGUGAUUGCAAAGGGAGAACAGGGUCUCACUGAGCAGCAUCUUGCGAAGAACGCACACGGAGCUGGCCAUCCACAUCCGCGCGUCGCCGCACACGGUAGCCCGGGCGCAUUCACACAAAAGACAGAAGCCUCGCGGAGCGCUGUUCUUCUCUGCGGGACUGCGGCCGUCGGAGUGGAGCUGCUGCGCGUUGUUUGAAUGGGAAGGAGCGGACAGCGCGCCUCUGGACGCCGUGGGGGUUUCCCGUGUAGACUGGUCGGCGAGGCGCUGCGCUUUGUUUUGGUAGAUCACGCUCAGUGUGAAGAGAACGCGGUGCGACAGAAGCGCGUCAACGACCCAAACAUCUGAGUGCGCCUGUCAAUCAGAGAGAUUCACUUUUUAUUUAGCGCACAAAGACGCGGCGCUGGAUAACAACCUGAACGCGUAAUGACUCGAGGCAAUUAGCCUCACGAUCUCAGCCUCUUCUUGUGUGUUUGGGAAUACAAACUAUUUCAUUGGCUUCCGUGGAUAUCUUGUGGCUUUUCACUUUUUGGAGCACAAGUGGAUGUUCCCCCCGGAACUGGCACAUUUGUAAAUUAAUAGACUCUUUUAAGUGUGGUUGUGUUGGACACAUUCGCCUUCUCUUCUAUAGUGGUUGGACUGCGAUCUUAAGUUCUCUAAAAAUGAGCAUCUCCAGUGUGGCUUUGUCCUGUUUCGUGGCGUGCGUUCUCUCCGUGCGCUGCAGCUCGGUGGCGGGCACGGAGACUCAGAGCUUGCCCCAGGAGUCGUGCGCGUCCUGCGGCCUCAGGACGUCGGAUCAGUCGGAGCGGGUGAACAUAGACUUCCUAGAAGCGGUGAAGAGGCACAUACUGAACCGGCUGCAGAUGAGGGAGAGACCCAACAUCACCCACCCCAUCCCAAAGGCUGCGAUGGUGACGGCGCUCAGGAGGCUGCACGCCGGGAAAGUGCGCGAGGACGGCCGUGUGGAGAUCCCCAGCUUUGACGGACAGGCUGCAUACAACAACGAGGUUCAAGCGGAGAACUCGGAGAUCAUCAGCUUCGCGGAAUCAGACGAUCACACGUCCUCUAACACUGGGCUGUUCUUCCUCGUCUCCCACGAGGGCAACCAGAACCUGUACGUGUCCCAGGCCAACCUGUGGCUCUACUUCCGUGUGCUGCCAGGCGGUCCUGAGAAGGGCCUUCGGAGGAAGGUGACGGUCAAGAUCCAUUACCAGGAGGCUGGAGCAGAGGGAGGCCCAGGAGGUGGUGUUGGUGGUGGAGGAGGGGGAACAGGCCGCUGGGCUUCGGUGGAGAAACGGGUGGAUCUGAAACGAAGCGGCUGGCAUACUUUCCCCCUCUCCGAGGCGGUGCGGGCUGUGUUCGGGAAAGGCAGCCGGCGCCAGGACCUCGAGGUCCACUGCGAGGGCUGCGAGACAGCUGGCGUGGCCCCAGUGCUGGUGAACCCCAGCGACCCGUCCCACCGGCCCUUCCUGGUGGUGCGCGUGCGACAGGUGGACGGAAAGCACCGCAUUCGCAAGCGGGGUCUUGAGUGCGAUGGCACCAGCGGGGGUCUUUGCUGCCGGCAGCAGUUUUACAUAGACUUCCGCCUCAUCGGCUGGAACGACUGGAUCAUUGCGCCGGCUGGUUACUAUGGCAACUACUGCGAGGGCAGCUGCCCGGCAUACAUGGCGGGUGUGCCGGGCUCGGCUUCAUCCUUCCAUACUGCAGUGGUGAACCAGUACCGCAUGAGAGGGAUGAGCCCAGGCUCGGUCAACUCCUGCUGCAUCCCCACCAAGCUCAGUACUAUGUCCAUGCUAUACUUUGACGAUGAAUACAACAUCGUAAAGAGGGAUGUGCCCAACAUGAUCGUGGAAGAGUGCGGCUGUGCUUGAGUCCACCCUUCAUUAUCUCUGAACUUGGAACAGUCAGAAAGGCCUUUUGUACAAACAGGACGUUGUUGUACGGUACACAUAUACAAUAUAUCUAUACCUACUGUAUAUGCAAGCAGCACGCACACUGGUGCAUCUGGUACGUCUAGCAAAUGCGAGUACCAGGGCCGUGUCCCCGUGUGCGUGCGUGUGUUUGCACGUGUUCGUGCGAGUGUGUGUAUUUAUCAGACUGAGUGACAUGCUUGCUGUCCAAGUUAAGUCCGUCGGGCGACAACUGGUCAGUGACAGGGCGAGAAGGGAACGAUUAUCACCAAAUGAUAUUUUGCUCUAGUUUGCCAUUUCUAGUCAAAAAAUAAUGGUUCAUCAUCUCCUCUUGAACGAAGUUAACAAGCGCUUAAGGAAAGUGACAGGAUUGGCCGAUGACAUUAUUGGCUUCCCCCCAACACUUCCAACCCCGCUCCUCCAACCCUUUUAAGUACUUUGAGCACAUGACAGACUUUUGUUUUUUUAGAAAGCACUGACAAUUCAUCAUCUUAUACAACUCAGAACACCAGCACUUCCCUGCUUUGCCAACAGACACAGUCUGACUGUCCCCUCUGGUGGAAUUAGACCGGCAGCUCUUAAUGCCUUGCAGGAUUAUACCCUCCACAGAAAGGCAAAAGAAAGUCCUCCACAGAGCUGCUGUUGUCCUUCUUGACUACGGGCCUCGACCUCAACUUCCUGCCUGUCAAGACAGAUGCAGGCCCAGCAACCAUGACAACCAGGUGAAGGUAGAUCUCAUAAGUGUACUUCACUUGUGCACAGGAAAGCGACAAAAGAGACAACUGCUUCCCCUUGCCCCCGAGGCUCAGUAGACAUGGGCCUGCUGGACGCGGAGACUCUAGUUUUGGCCCAGUGGGUCACCACGGUGCAGUGCAGCACCACUAGAAACAGAAAUGCACACCCUGAAUAGCACUUGUAUAAAGAAAUGCCUUCCAAGGGGUACUGAGUGUCCUGUCCUAUCGCUAAAUAAGUGCCACAUGAGCUAUGCAAUGUAUAGUAGCCUAUACCCAUACUCAAUACGCUCUAUUAGACUGAAUUCUCUUUCCACCUGUCUCUCUCUCUCUCUUUCUCUCUCUCUUCUCCCUCUCUCUCUUCUCUCUCUCUCUCUCUCUCUCUUGUUUCUGUCCUCCACUCUUUAUCAAUACUUGAAAUGUAAUCUUUCGCUUCCUUUCCAAAGCGAAUGAUUGUUGUGACGUUUGCACUGAAAGGUUGCGGGAUUAGUGAAACAAAAACUGCCAUUGAAAAGUUAUUUUUAUAGAAGUAAAUUUAAUUUUGUUUCAAAUGUAUUUUGCUUAAUUAAUGGAACCAAAGAGGCCAAUAUUUUUAGCUAUUGUACGAAGAUGGCAAGGCCAUUGAGUUACUGUGUACAAUACUGUUUUUGAUCAUUCGCAAUAGGCCUACCACUGUAUCAGGGUACGAUAAAUGAUUUCAUUCCUUAGCUAUAUUUUCGUUCUCUGUUUUGUACAAUAAGCAACACUUCGUUUUUCAUCUUUAAUUCUAUUUUUUUUGUUUCAGUUUUCUAUUUAAUAAGAAAGUUAUUUUUAGUUCCUGUCUAAGAAUCAUUUAGUCAAAUAAAUGUCAUCUGUACAGUUUGUCAAAUAAAAAUGUUUUUUAAAAUA